AUGAAGAAUUGUUUUGCUGAAAAUGUAUUUUUGCUGUGGGUUACUGCUAUCGCUUUCUCUCCUUUGGCUUGUGGUGAUGGAUGCAGCAAAGAACAGACGAGAGCUCUCUUGGAGAUCAGAAACUCCGCAAAUGGUUUAGCCUUUGCUGGCUGGGACGGAAGAGACUGUUGUGAAGCGGAGGAUAUCGAAUGUGGCGGUACAAAUGGGGGAGUUAGCGAAAUUAUUUUGGACGGCUUCGGCAUGGCACCAUCAAGUAGUACAUGGUAUCCAAAUGUAACCUUGUUCACCUUAUUUGAUGAACUCGAAGUUCUAUAUCUUGUUAACAUGCAAAUUGGAGGAGGGCUUCAACCUUUUUGCCAACUAAAACAUCUAGUGGUGCUGGAUCUUGGUUAUAAUAGAUUGGAAGGCAUUAUUCCCUCCUGUCUUGGGAUGAUUGAAAACAUUGAAGAAAUUCAUAUAUCAAAUAAUCGCCUUCAUGGCAAUCUACCUCCAUCAAUAUUCUCCAAACAAAGCAAGAUUACGGAUUUUGAUGUUGCGAACAACCAGUUAGAAGGGGUUUUAUCAUCUUCUACUUUUGACAAUGCUUCAAGUCUCGAAUCCCUUGAUCUUUCGGAUAAUCUCUUUCAUGGUAAUUUACCUCAAUCAAUAUUCUCCCAAGAAAGCAAGAUUAUGUAUUUGUAUGCUUUUAGCAAUCAAUUAGAAGGGGUACUCUCAUUUUCUAUUUUUGCCAAUGCUUCAAGACUCAUGCACCUCGAUCUUUCAAGCAACAAAGAUUUGGAAAUUGAAACCGAGUCUCCCUCAUGGGUUCCAACCUUUCAGCUAUCAUAUCUGAACUUGGCAAACUGCAGCCUCAACAAGAAGAAUGGUCAUGUUUUCCCAAGCUUCAUCUCCACCCAAUUUCUCUUGGACUAUCUAGACUUGUCUCACAACUUAAUAGAUGGAAGUGUACCUUGGGAGCUACUACUACUCAACACGAGUAUCCAAGUUUUAUCCUUGAGAAGUAACCAAAUUGAUGGCUCUCUUUCUUUUGGUUGCUUUGCUCAAACUUCAUCACUUAAAGCCUUCGACAUAUCAGAAAAUAAUGUCACAGGUUCUCUUCCUGAAAAUAUUGGGCAUCUUCUUCCACACUUAUUUUAUGUUGACAUGUCCUCAAAUGCAUUAGAGGGCAUCAUUCCUUCGUCUUUUGGUAAUUUGUCUUUUGAGAUAUUAGACCUUUCUAAUAACAAGCUCUCAGAGUUGGGGAAGGAGAGAAAGAAGUGGAUGAAGAGCAAGAGGGUCAGCUAUGGCGUCAAUGAUAUUGCUGAUAUGUGCCGGUGGGGAGAGCUAGACAGGGAUUUAUUAACGUUAAUAUUCUUACGAGUCCCAGAAUAUGACAUUUCCAGAGUUCGACUCGUCUGCAAGUCUUGGCUGGCCGUCAUGGAAGAUCCAUUCUUUAAGAUCAUGAUUGUUAUGGAUAUUGUGGAGAAAAUUCGAGGGGAAUACGAAGAUAUGUAG